AUGGAGCGGUUUACAGCUUUGUUUAUAAUAUUUUGUGCCUUAACUCGAGCCCAAGAGGAAGUUCAUCUACCUGGUUAUUUGGUAUUUAUGAAACAGUUCACGGUGCACGUGCAGAUUCGUGAACCAUCAGGAAUAAUGGUGUGGACUAGAGACAGUUCACUGAUUGAAAUGUUCGGAAUCGAACUUCACGUCGGUCAGCCUAACCACACUCAUCACGAGCCUAUCUGGGACCGUCAGUUAAUUGUAAAUACAUCCGUACCCAUGGAUGGAAAAUUUAUGAUUUUCGAUCAUGAUUUGACGAUCAAAAAAGAUGAAAUCAUUCGGUACAGAUUUUCCGUGCUACACAAGGGUAUACUAUCCCACAGUAACUACCACAGGAUGAUGGUAACAGAUCACUUGUUUUACCGACCCAAGGACAAUGUAUGCUACUCCGAGUGUUUGAUGGAUAGUCAGAAGGCGAUUGAAGUAGAAACUGCCCGAUUGAAGACUAUGCUGGAAAACAAGAUCCUAAAUUGUGUUGGUUCGCACGCGUCGGAGCAUCUUUUCUUUCCACUGGCAAAUGCUACGAGCUAUGUGGCUAAUACCCUACAGUUCGUUCAGUAUCGCCUGUGGCAAAUUGAAGGCCUGAGGCCAUUGGUGAACAACGUAGUUACGACGUAUUUAGCGCAUGAUGGAGUAGGAGUAAAAAUGAAAUCUGUUCUUGAUAAGUUGAAAGUACUUGAGCUUGGUAGGGGAACGCUGGAUGUCGUUGAUUUUGAUGCAAUUCUUCAAGAAACUUGAGUAAUUUAAAUCGUAAAAAUAACCGUAGGAAUAAAAGCAGGAGGAUUGUUUCAAAUAGCGUAAAAUGUCAUUAUCAUCAUGGUUGGUUAAAA